AAAAAUCUUUAAGUCACUCCCAAAAACAAUAUUCACAAUUCUAAUUUCCCAGAAUUAUAAAAUCCCCAUUAAUUCCAUAAUUUCUUCUUCACUUCCAUUUCAAACUCAGAAAUCAAUCAUCAAAUUUUUCUCAGAAAAUCGAAAAUCCCACCAAAUUUGAAAGACUUUAGAGGGAGAAACAAAACUAUGGCAGUAGAAGAGCUUGAGAAAUCAAUGGCGGCAACUGAGAUUGAAGACAAGAGAGAAGACGAUGAUGAUUUGGAGGAAGGCGAGAUUAUCGACGACAACUCAAAUGCCGGAAAACCCAGCAAAUCAAUCGCAACAACUCAUCCUCUUGAGAAUGCUUGGACUUUUUGGUUCGAUAAUCCUGCUGCUAAAUCCAAACAAGCUGCUUGGGGUAGCUCUAUUCGACCCAUUUACACUUUCUCUACUGUUGAAGAAUUCUGGAGCCUUUACAACAACAUACGCCAUCCAAGCAAAUUGGCGCCAGGGGCAGAUUUUCACUGUUUCAAGAAUAAAAUUGAGCCUAAAUGGGAGGAUCCAAUCUGUGCUAACGGGGGCAAGUGGACUGUUACCUUCCCAAGAGGAAAAUCCGAUACAUCCUGGCUCUACACGCUGCUGGCGAUGAUUGGAGAGCAAUUUGAUCAUGGAGAUGAGAUAUGUGGAGCAGUUGUCAAUGUUAGGGCUAGGCAAGAUAAAAUAUCCAUAUGGACCAAGAAUGCUGCCAACGAAUCUGCUCAGCUGAGCAUUGGAAAACAGUGGAAAAUGUUCCUUGAUUACAAUGAAACUAUGGGAUUCAUAUUUCAUGAUGAUGCUAAGAAACACGACAGGGGUGCCAAGAAUCGUUACACUUGUUGAGCUGUAUAGGUGCUGUAAUGGGAAGGCUUGAGAAAGCUGCUGCUUGGAGCUGGAAUGCUGAUUCUAGUCUUUUUGAUGUAGUUCUGUUACUGAAUUUCUUUUUUGAUUCUAAUGAAAAUCUUUAUUGUACUCUUGAGCUUACAAAAUCUAAAGAUACAUGCUUAUAUUUUAUCUGAUGGGUGUUAGCAUUUUAGUUAAGCCCCUUAGCUUGUAUUGUAUGUUCUCUCUAUGAUUCUUGGUUAUUAUGUCCAAUAUACUGUCAAAUCAUUUCAUUUA